UGAUUGGUCAGAGCGGGCGAUUUGAAAACAUUAGUUUCGUUAGUAGGGAGGCGAGCCGGGCAGCGGGAGCGAGGCGGCGGGCGGCGGUUAUGCGUCUAAUAACGUUAGUAAACAGUUUCACGGGUAGAAUAAGAGUUUAGGGGCAGGUCGACGUCGCCUGGAUCGACCAGGCGCAGAAGAAACGAUGGAUAUUAACUUCUACUUACAGGGUUUUGAAGACCGUGUCAGCAGUUAUGCUGGGGAUGACCCUCUUGACCCCUGGGAUAAGUUUGUGGAGUUUCUGGACUGCAGGAUGGCCGAAGAGGAGAAGAGUGGUCUGGUGGUGGUGCUGGAGCGGCUGGUUCAGAGAUUCCUGCAGGAUAAACGCUACAACAACGACCCCAGAUACAUCAGACACUGCAUCAGCCUGGCGAGUUAUUACUCCGAUCCGAUAAAGCUGUACAGUUAUGUCCACGGUUGUGGGGUGGGCGCCCGGGCGGCGGCGCUCUACGUGGCCUGGGCUCAGCACUUCGAGCAUAAAGGUCUGAUCCCUCAGGCUGAGCAGGUCUACCAGAGAGCCAUGGAGAACCAGGCGGAACCACUGGACACUGUCCAGCAGCAGUACAGACUGUUCCAGAGCAGAACCACUAAAAGUCACGCAGCAGCAUCAGAUCAUGUGAGGAAUCCUCUGCAGAAUUCUCAGCUGGUUAAUCAGAAUCUGCGACAGAGAGAGACGCUCCAGUCGCAGUGUAAGGAGCCAGAAAACAGUCCAUCUGACCGAACCGUCCGCAUAGUCUCCCGUUCGGAGAAUAACCCCCAGCCCAGCAGCUGCAGCAGCUCGGUGGAGUCCGUGUCCAUGUACUGCGUGAAGGAACUGGAGUGUGAAGGUUCCGAACUUUCCUUUGAGGAGCUCCGAGCUCGACGAUACUUCACCAAGCGCAGACAGCAGGAGCUUCAGAGAAAGCAAGAGGAGGCGAUACGGAAGUGGGAGGAAGAGGAGGAGGAGGUGGUGAGGAUGAAGAAGUUGCUGCAGGAGCUGAACAGCAAACUGACUACAGAUGAACAGCAGGAGAUCCGAACCUCACCCUCGCAGCAGGAGCUGAUUAGUGCCGAAUCACGCCGUCCUCAGGACCCGCUGGACCGGUCAGCGAGGCCAGCUCUGACUCCAGCUGUACCCGAAACUGCCGCCGCACGUCCCGUAUGUGUGCCUGAACAGCCUUCCUCAUCCUUUAUGGGGCUUCAGCCGGCCCCAGAGCGCCCCCUGCGGAGCGGGAGGAAGUCGGAGUCCCACCUACUUUGGAGCAGCGGCAAGGUCCCGGCGUCCAGACCGAGUCUGCCUCUGAGCUCAGCUUCCAGAGCUCAGCACGGAUUCGGCGCCACCGUGGCCUCGCCGGCAGACUCGGACACACGUGCCGCGGCUCCGCUACGGCCGGUGGACCAGAGAACCGUGAGCCAGGCCGAGCGCUCGGUCCUCGAAGGCUGCGCACAGAACCCGGCAGCGUCAGUGCGAGACACAUCUGAACACGUGGAGGCAGACAGAGACGCGGACGCCAACGCGGACGCCAACGCGGACGCCAACGCGGACGUGUCUCAUGGAGCCUUUAAUCACUCUCACGUCACUCCUAACACGUCUCUGGGUCUGAUCUCGGCGACUCCCUCGCGUGCGCUUCCCUCUCCCACCGUGAACACGCGAGAGGCUCUGGACGUGAUCAUGGACAUGUUCCAGGCUCCGACGCUGCUGCAGGACACGCUGUUCGACGCCACGAGCCACGCGGCCGACGACAGCUUCGAGAAGAAGUGCAGAGUGGACGGUUUUGCUCCCUCGUCAGCCAAACCUCCUUCAGCGCCUUUCAGAAUAUAUCAGGAUGAAAAUGGUGAAAGCAGAAGAGAGGAGCUGGAGAAGGCCAGGCCAGCAGCUCGAGCGCUGAUGGAGAUCCCAGUGUCCAAACCCAACGACACUCCUGUGGGUGUAGAGUCUCUUACAGAUGAGAGUGCGAUGUGGGGUCCUCGAUACGCCUCCAUAACCGCCUGCCCGAACCACACCCGCGACUUCGCCAUGUCCGCCCACCUGGUGUCCACCCCCCUCCACCCCACCACCCCGUACACCUGGGACACCGAGCACAACCAGGAAAGCAGAGGUUUCAGUGGGACGGAGGAGAACCCCUACCAGCGCCAACCCGCCAAACUCAGUCCCAUCCUGGAGCAGAGUCCGUCUGAGGAGAAGCCGUCUGAAGCUGCGGAGUGCAGUAUGAGGGCUCAGGGCACCAUCGUGGGAGAGGGAGUGAGUCUCCCAAAGCAGAACCAGACGCUCUCUCAGACCCACAACCAGACCUGCUACAGCCUCAGCAGGAACCCGCUGGCUCUCGACCACACGGCCGAGCCCAUCAGGGCCCUUCACUCCACCACCAAACCCAGCUGGAGCAUCUACCAGAGCCCAGAGCGAACCAGCCAAGCAGGUUCUAAAGGAGAACUGCACUCAAACAGCAUGCAUCUGGUGAGAGAACCCAGACCAGACCAGCUCAAUUCAACCGGCCUGCAGGUUAACUCCAGCUUCAGCAGCAAACCCAACUGGAGCAUCUACCAGAGCCCAGAGAGAACCAGCCAAACAGGUUCUAAUGGAGAACUGCACUCAAACAGCAUGCAUCUGGUGAGAGAACCCAGAUCAGACCAGCUCAAUUCAACCGGCCUGCAGGUUAACUCCAGCUUCACCACCAAACCCAGCUGGAGCAUCUACCAGAGCCCAGAGAGAACCAGCCAAGCAGGUUCUAAUGGAGAACUGCACUCAAACAGCAUGCAUCUGGUGAGAGAACCCAGAUCAGACCUGCUCAAUUCAACUGGCCUGCAGGUUAACUCCAGCUUCACCACCAAACCCAGCUGGAGCAUCUACCAGAGCCCAGAGAGAACCAGCCAAGCAGGUUCUAAUGGAGAACUGCACUCAAACAGCAUGCAUCUGGUGAGAGAACCCAGAUCAGACCUGCUCAAUUCAACCGGCCUGCAGGUUAACUCCAGCUUCAGCAGCAAACCCAGCUGGAGCAUCUACCAGAGCCCAGAGAGAACCAGCCAAGCAGGUUCUAAUGGAGAACUGCACUCAAACAGCAUGCAUCUGGUGAGAGAACCCAGAUCAGACCUGCUCAAUUCAACCGGCCUGCAGGUUAACUCCAGCUUCAGCAGCAAACCCAGCUGGAGCAUCUACCAGAGCCCAGAGAGAACCAGCCAAACAGGUUCUAACAAGGAACACACAGCAGACCAGCUCAGCUCUGCUGGCCUACAGGUGAACAGAGUGCUCAGCUCCUCCUGCCUGCCUUUAGUGACGGAGCUCAAACCAGACCAGCCUCACUCGAGCGGUCUGCAGCCUCUGGGACUGGACGUGUGUUCUGGUCAAGGAGAGGCUGAUCUUCUCCUGCCAAAGAGGUCUUUCCACCGGCGCAAAUCAGAAAAACAGCAGAUCCGAGAGAUCCACCAGGAUGUUCCUAUGAGUCCAGAACCGGCCCUGGGGUUCGGUUGGCUUCAGGUGGACAGCUCAGCGCAACUCGUCGAACCCGACCUGGAUGUGAUGGUCAGGUCUAUGGUCAAGGCACCUCAGACGUACGGAAAAGGCUCUGGAACCCCGGCUGCCGGGUCCAAACCCAGAUGGAGCGUGUACCAGAGUCCAGAGAAACCAUCUGAACCACAACCCAUCCCACAGAGCCCGGAGCCCAUGGAGGAAUCAGAUCACCAUCCAUUCCCAAGCCUGGAGCAGUCCGGAAUUCUGCUUUCCAAGAGAUCCUUUAACAGGCGGAAAUCGGAGAAGAGGGUUGUGGAGGUCGUCCAGAAAUCUCUCCUGUUGAGUCCAAAGCCAGCCUCACACCUGAUCCAGGACGUCCCCAUGAGUCCAGAACCGGCUCCAGGGCUGAACUGGCUCUGUGCGGAGAGUCCGGCACGCAUGGCCGAACCUGAUCUGGAUGUGCUGAUGACGCCACCACAGACGUCUAAAGCAUCUGCAGUGGUGGAUGUUCCUCCUGCUGCCCACCAGCUGCAGUGUGAUGUUCCCAUGAGUCCUCAGCAGGGUUCUGGACCUGGUUACCCUUCCUCAGUGCUGGUUGCUGACCCGUGGGAUGAGGACUUGAUUGCGUCUCUGCUCUCCAGCCUGAAGACUCCUCUCUCCUCCUGCCCAAACCUCAACGUCUGGACACGCAGCCUCCCUGCAAUCACCCCCAAGAUGACCGUUCAGAUGGUGGAGGAGUCUCUGAGGGUGGACUUCAUGCUGGGUCAGGGUGCUUUCGCCACCGUCUACCAGGCCACCAAGCUCACCACCUCGGACAAACUCAUCCUGAAGGUGCAGAAGCCGGCGAACCCCUGGGAGUUUUACAUCAACAGCCAGCUGGACGGGCGGGUGCAGCCAGGAGCGCGGCACCUGUUCAACCAGCUCCACUCCGCUCACCUGUUCACCAACGGCAGCGUGCUGGUGGGGGAGCUGCACAACGGCGGGACUCUGCUGAAUGUGGUGAACCUGUAUAGGAGCCGUAGUGAGAAGCUGAUGCCGGCGCCGCUGGUUCUCUACUUCAGCGUCUGUAUCCUGCAGAUGGUGGAGCUGCUGCACCGAACCAGCAUCGUCCACGCCGACAUCAAACCCGACAACUUCCUGCUGGGAGAGAGGUUCCUGGAGAACGAGGACUUUGAUGCUGAGAGUCUGGAUCACGGUUUGGUUCUCAUUGAUUUCGGUCAGAGCAUCGACAUGACCCUGUUCCCCCAGGGCACGGCCUUCACUGCCCGCUGCAUGACCUCCGGCUUCCAGUGCACAGAGAUGCUGAGCGGCCGGCCGUGGAACUACCAGACGGAUUACUUCGGCAUCGCCGGCACCGUCUACUGUAUGAUAUUCGGGUCGUACAUGCAGGUUAGAAACGAAGGUGGAGUUUGGAAAACGAAUGGAGUCUUUAAGAGGAAUCCUCAUGGAGAUCUGUGGCAGGAGUUUUUCCACGUUCUCCUGAACAUUCCGGACUGUAACUCAUUGCCGAGUCUGCGGCGUCUGCGUGAGCGUCUGUCUGCGACCCUGCAGGAGAACUACAGCAGCAAACUGCGCGGCCUCAAAAACCGGCUGGUGGUCCAGAUCCUGGAGGCGAGGAGCGCCCGCCGAUAGACCCCCACACCCCCACAGACCCCACCGCUCUGUUCAUGUGUGUGCUGUGUGAAGUGUAACUCUGUCUUUGCCCUCGCGCUGAUUUACGCUGCGAUGCUGAUCCGCAGACACCUGGCCAGGAUUAGGACAUUAAACUGGAUGAGAUCUUUUAUCUGCUUCACUGUUUUGAAUUUAAAGUGUAAA